AUGUACACUAAACUCCUCUAUGCUGUAUUGUCAGUAACCGGUCUCAUAUGUCUCGGAGCCAUCAUGUCGUAUGUGCGGCUGAUCCUCGAAAUCGAUCAGUUUCGGGACGAUCUUCUGAGGAGUUCCGAUGAAUACAAAGUGCUGUCAUCUCGAGUAUGGGGAGAAAUCGUAAUGGAGUCCGGUAAGGCAGCAAGAGUCAAGCGGUCGCAACCAGUAUUUGCGGACUUCGAUUGCCCUGCUGGUCGUCCCGGACCACCUGGAGAACCUGGAUUACCCGGAGGUGAACCUGCUUUUGAUUUUUUUUUUGUGUUUACGACACUGUUGGAAAUUUCAUUGGCGACAAAACCCACUGGAAGAAACCAUGCUUUCCUACCAGUAACUGACAGGGGAAUUUUAAUCCGCUCUGUUGGUGGACUUACUUUCUGA